AUGGCGAUGGAUACAAGCUAUUUGACCACUCAGGUGACCACCAUUAUCGGUCAGCUCCAUGGUAUCUUCGAUGAGAUUGGCAUCCCAAAGAAUGAGAGGGAUUCAAAGGAGGCAGAACUCUUCUCAGCUCUAUCAGAUACUUUGCACAAUCAUCUUCGCCAGGUCAAUGCGGAGAAGACUCGCUUGACCGAGGAAGCGGAGCAAAUUAUCACAACGAUAAAGCAGAUGGAAGGCUCACUUGACGACGAAAAGCAGAAUGGUGGAUAUGAUCUCGGAACCACCGGCUUAUGCGUGACAUACCCUCUCAACCAAUGCCUUCGAGAUCUGAAAGAGAAGUACAACACUGUCAGCAGACUACACACAGAGCGAUUUGAGCAAGUCAAGAAACUUGUACAGGCGCUAGAAUCAUACUCUUCACAUCUCGAAUCCUCCUUCAUCAGGAUCAAACUCCCUCCCACAACCUCCAACACCUGUCCGCCGAACUUUGACCUCUCACCCCGGUAUGUCACAACUCUUGAUGAAGAAUUUACCAGGGUAUACGACGAGUACAAUAGGCGUGUACAGAUGGUGCAGAGCACUUCUGAGGAGAUCAUCCGCCUGUACUCAGAUCUUGGCGUCCCUCAAGCGCAGACGGAUUCAGCCAUUGUGAAGCAUUAUCGGGAUUCACCGGAGCAGCUUGGUCUCCAUCAGGCUGAUUUGGAACGACUUCGAAGCAAGUAUGAAAAACUGAUUGAAGAGAAGAGGAGUCGAGAGAAGCGCAUAAAGGAGUUGAAGAGCACCGUAGAGGAGCUCUGGAAUCGACUGGGGGUCGAAGAAUCUGAUCGUCGAGCUUUCUUGGCAUCCAACCGUGGCUGCGGCUUGAGGACGAUCAAUGAAUUCGAGGAUGAACUUUCGCGGCUGAAUGAGCUGAAGAGACAAAACCUACAUUUGUUCGUGGAGGACGCCAGAGUCAGGUUACAAGAGCUGUGGGAUGCACUCUACUUCUCCGAGGAAGAGAUGCUGGAUUUCACGCCUGCCUUCUCCGAUGUGUACAGCGAUGCUCUUUUAUCUGCGCAUGAAGCAGAGAUUGAGAGGCUGCAAGCACUGCAGCAACAGCGUGCUCCUAUCCUUGCUGUCAUCGAGAAGCAUCGCUCGUUGAUCAAUGAUCGAGAAACCCUUGCUGCAUCCGCGAACGACGCUUCAAGACUGAUGGGUAGAGGGACAAAGGGUGAAAAGAGGGACCCAACAAGACUGCUUCGGGAGGAGAAGAUGCGCAAGCGAAUUGCAAAGGAGCUUCCCAAAGUGACUGCGGAACUGCAGAGGACACUUGAGAAUUACGAAGAUGAAUAUGGAAGACCAUUUCUCGUGCAUGGUGAGCGAUACCUCGACGAACUCGCUGCCGCGGAGGCUAAAGCACCACCUCCACGAUGCAAAACUCCAAAUGGUCUCCCACCGCGAUCGAAGACUCCUUCUAUCCCGUCUGCUCCCCCAAGCCGAGCGAUCAGCACCAUCCCUAGCAACAGCACAGCAAAAAGCAGAAGCCUACACGCAUCCCAAUCCACCAAGACUCCGACCAGUGUUUCUGGUGCUGCAAACACAUUACGCCGUAACGCUUUUGCCUCGAGUACACAAUCGGCUUCCUCCACUGUCAGGUCUCCCUCUAAGAUACCUGCCAGAGCACCACUAAGCAAUCUUCAACAUGGUGGAAACUCCCCCGAACGACAGACCAAUAUACCUCAAUAUCCGGGAGGCGGAAAUCGUGCUCAACAGGGAACAGGGACCUUGGGCAGAAUGGGUCCGCCACGAGUCCCACCCCCAAGGAUGCGUGAACUAAGGGCAGAAGAGUCACCUGCUCACGGAUAUGGCCAUGCACCGCCAGCGAGACCAGGGAGCGUUCAGUCCAAUUCUACAUCAGGAUCCAGCAAUCAUAAUGGUGGUUUGGUACGACCAAUGAGCCCUGAGGAUGUCUACGAUGACAGAGAACGCAUGUCGUACAUGUCAGCUUCAAUGUCCAGUCGUGAUCGAGGCAUGAUGGGACAUCCCGAAGACUUCCAGUCCUCAGUGAUCAGACAUGGUGGCGGUCAUCUAGUGCACAAAGUCUCUCCGCCUAUUAGUAGACAGAUCUCCGAAACCUCAUCGAACCUGACAACAGGCACGACUGCGAGUGGAAGUGAAAACUGGGAGACGUACUCAGAUGCUUCCCAGAUCGAACCCGAGACGGAUGCUCAAGAUGUGUAUUAUGCAAAGGUUAGAGCUAUGAAUCCGAUUAAGAGACCGGGCGACGGAUACGGAAUGAUGGCACCACCACCACCAAAGAUGAGGAUGGUCAACCAAGUAUCCACAGUGGAGCAUAGAGGAGAACGGGCAGUUGGAGUUGACUGA